AUGGCUAGAAAAUCAAGUCAAGUCCAGGGUGAGCAAAUUUGGAAUCAGUCCGAAAAAGUCAACGCAGAACUUUUUGCCUUUACUUAUGGCUCUUUAGUAGUCAAAUUAAUCAGAGAGCUCGAAAACAUCAGCGAAGUUAACAGACAGCUUGAAACAAUGGGUUAUAAUAUAGGACUUAGACUUAUUGACGAUUUUCUCAGCAAAAAUGAUGUGACUUGUGAAACGACCAAAGACACAGCUGAAGUAAUAGCGAAAACUGGAUUUAGAAUGUAUUUAGGGGUUACCUGUGACGUUACCAAUUGGAAUGCUGAUGAAAAUGAGUUUUCCUUGAUACUUGCUGACAACCCUCUUACAGAGUUCGUAGAAUUAAACGAAGAUUAUCGCGAUUUAAAGUACCUGAAUUUAUUAUGUGGAGUAAUCAGAGGAGCCUUAGAAAUGGUGAGGAUCAAAUCAGUCUGCACAUUGGAAAGAGACUCACUUAAAGGCGAUGAGUUUACCGAACUUAGGGUAGUUAUCAAGGAAAAAGUCCAAGACGAGUAUGAACCUGAUGAUGAUUAA